AUGCAGGCCAACGCAGAAAUUUUAGACAUGAAGGAUAAUUAUGGCAGAAACCAACACUUGAAAGGGAACUACAAAGUCAGGAAGACCAUCAAUGGUAUAUAUAGCAACGAAGUAAAUUACUACGAUGGACAUUACGCCAGCGUGAAAGAAGAAAAUGAUAGACCGAGUAUUCAAACACAGGAAACGAACCAUUCGUCGGACGACAAUUAUUACGCAAACAGUAUGAACGAAAUGAAUAACUAUGACUCUACCUUGUUAGCAGAUAAGGAUAACCAUGAGAAUGGUACUAGCAAUGAGUAUGACAUGGACACCUUGGAAAACGACAUGGUAGCAAACAGAACGGAUAGCUAUGCAGCAAAUGCAUACGACUGUUUUGGUACAGAUAAUGGGAACAGUGUGGUCAGUAUGAAUGGGACUGUAACAAAUCAGGGUAAAUUUGUGACCCCCCAAAAUUUUGGUUACGGAGUAAAUAUAGGGAAUAAUUCCUUAGGAAGCCUUAGCAUGGGCCAAAUGGGCAACACAAAUCCUGCCGAUUUUAUGAACGGAAUGAGUGCCAUGAGUAACAUGGCCAUGGACAUGAGCGCCAUGAGCGCCAUGAGUGCCAUGAAUACCAUGAACACGAUGAAUACGAUGAACACAAUGAACACGGUGAACACGAUGAACUUUAUGGGAAAUAUGGGCAUGGUGAACGGGAUGAGUGGGCUAAACGGUAUGCUCGGUAUGAACUGCAUGACCGGAGAGGAUGGCGCCAACCCGGGAGGCAACUUUGCCCUUAAUGAGAAUCCCAACUUCAUGAACAGCCAGUUUUUAAGUAAGUCCAAAAUGUACAGUGGAGGAAGUAACCAUAUGGAUGAAGCGAAUGUCGAGGGGAAUCAUAUGCUGCCCAUGAAUGGACACAUGAAUAGCAACAGCGCUAAUGGGAUCAUUAGUACUAACUUCCAAACAUAUGCACCCAUGUAUUAUGAGAGGAAUGUGGCUAGCCAGGAUAACAUGAAUAGCAAUUCCUACGAUGCGAAUGGAAAUUAUUUGGCAAACUAUGGAAGAAAUGAUAUGGCCAUGCAAGAUGGACUCCGAAACGAAUCAUUCCAAGAAAAUGAGCAGGAAAUUAUGCAUAACUCCGUGGAUGAAUAUUACCAGAAAGGCAAUGAGCAGCUUGGGUAUGUGCGAAAAAGCAGGGAGGGCACCCCGAGGGCGAGCUACGUGUCGUAUAACACCGCGUCCUAUGGUACCAGCGACGCUUGGGGCAACAACUGCAGUAACAACAGCAGUAACAACAGCAGUAACAACGUCAGUAACAACGUCAGUAACAACGUUAGUAACAACGUUAGUAACAACUGUAGCAAUAGCAGCACUAACAGCAACGUAAGUUGCAAUAACAGCGGAAAUAACAACGGAAGUAAUAACAACUAUGGCGUGUCUCCCUACAUGAAUAAUGCCGAUGGUGGAUAUAUUGAUGUGAACGGUGGGAGUUAUGCAUAUGAAAUGGAUUCGAACAACGGGCUCUACAUGAAGAGACAAAAUGCGAACUUGUGUGGCAACUACAUGAAUGUCCCGAACGGCAUGGGUAGCAGCGCUGGCGGUGGGAACUUCAACGGUAGCCACUUCAACGGCAGCCAUUCCAACGGUAGCCACUUCAAUGGUAGCCACUCCAACGGUAGCCACACCAACGGCAUGGUCGUCAACUGCAGCAACGAGAUCCAAGGCAUGAGCAAAGUAGGCGGGAACAGCUCCAAAGGGAUGAACACGAACUCGACGGUCAGCCAUGAUACAACGUUCCCGAUGAACUAUGAAGAGGACGAAAACGAUGAGGAAAAUAUUCGUCACAAGGAAGGUGUUAAUGGUGGCGUUAAUGGGGGCGUUAUUGGUGGUGUUAAUGGUGGUGUUAAUAGUGGCGUUAAUGGUAACGAUGCGCGAGGACUGAUGUGCACUCCGCAGGAAGGUUACCCCAAGUACGUGGACAACAAGGGCCAUGUGCACAUUAUGGGCACCACGUUCAACGGAGCGGAAAAUGGCCACGUAGAAAACGCCGAUUCGAUGUUCAAACCGAACAGGUUGAACAACACCUUCAAUUACAACUACGUCUCCAGACGAGGCAGCAACUACAGCAGAAGGAGCAGCACAACUAAUUCUAUGAACGUGUCCAAUAUGAACGUGUCCAGUAUGAACGAUUUGAAUAACUCUCCCUCAUUUUCCAAUGGUCACAAUGUUAGUAUGCAGAAGCAGGAGCAGGAUAUGAAGAAUUUCGCUGAGAAUGGAAAGAACCCAUACGUAGAACAUACUACCAAUGGGUACACCAACCUUAGACCUAACGCUAGUUACAACGGGGAUAGAGCGAACUGUAGAAUAAAUGAAGUCAAAAUGAAAAAUGUGAAUUUCCCCAUCGACGUGAAGGGAAACGAUGACCCCGAUAUGAGCAGCAGCAGAGACAGCAGAAUGGAGCACAUGAAGAAUAAGCCUAGGGACAACUUUUCUAUGUACGUAGCAAAUGAAGAAGGGGUAUUCAAAAAUGGCAGCUGCAGCACUGAGCAGGUGAACUACGCGGAUAUGAAAAAAGGAAAUGGUGAAGGCGUCAUGGGGGAGUACAACCAAGGGGCAGAAUACAAUCUGCACGAAUCGUAUAAUUCUAGUGUGUACAACGGGGGGAUUAAGAAAGAAGAAUUGGAGAAAGGGACCAGUUAUGCUAUGGGCAGCAGCAUGAACCGGGAGAUGAACCGGGAGAUCGACUCCAACCUCCAGGUGAAUAACGCAGAAAGUUACCCAAACGAAUUAGUGGAUAACGCGCAAAUGAGAAAUGUAGGUACUUACGAAGGUGGGCAUAAUUUAAAUGGGGAUAAUCGGCAUGCGGUGUACAAGGUAGAACAUAAUGUGAAGCUGAACGAAGGAGAGACGCCCAAAUCUGUGCGGCCCGGUAGAUCGCAAAGCUACCUGAAGUGUAAAAGCUACAUGAAGAAAGCAGGCACUCCUCCUAAUAUGUAUGACCCUAACGAGGAAAUGAAUAAUUCCAGCAAUUGGGGCUCCUACCAUAUGGGGAACACGAGGUCGAAGAAUUCGUACUUUCUGCGGCCAAAUGGGAACCAGUCCAAUAAUGACCCUAACAAUGGGAUGAGUUACGAUGGGAAUAAUGCUAAUGGGAUGUCCACGGAGGAAGGUGUCCUUCCAACCGCUACAAGCGGAGCGGUGCCAGCAACAUCGACCGCUUCUGCAACUGGUGCAUCGGUGGUGGACUACAGAAGUAAUAUGAACUACUUUGAAAACGUAAACAAGAGCAUCAUGAGGAGUGAGAACGGUUACGAUUAUGUGAACCCGUCACCUGGUGGACAUAACAGUUACAUCAACCCGUGGAUGCACCGAAUGAAGGGUUACUCGCCUGAGCAGAAAGUACAAGCCCCUAUGAACCUAAACGGAGGUUACAGCAACAUGAAUGGUACUAACUAUCCAAUAGUGCAGGCGAAUACUCACGGUAAAAAAUCCAUUGUUCGUGGAUAUAGCAAUGUGUGCAACAUGAUGAUGUUGGGCAAAGGUAGGGAUGGUGGUGGCACUCCAACCAGCGCCAACGGGGUGAAUAACCUAAACAGGGAGGAGAAUAAUCACCCAAUCGGUGGAACGUAUGAUAUGAGCAACAUGCGUCUGCGGAAUGGACUCCACAAUCGUAACGACUUUAACACCUUGGGUAGCGAGAAUAUCCAAGGUGAUUUGAACACUUUAAAUAAUAUCAUUUCUAUGAAUGCUGAGACUCCACUGAAUAAUUUAAACAUGCUAGUUGUACCUAAGAUUAAGGGAGUCCGUUUUGACAAAUCAGGGAGAAGAUGGGUAGCUAGCUGGAGUCAGAAUGGAAACCAAAAGAGACAGUACUUUCCUAUAAAGAAAUUUGGCCAGACGCAGGCGAAAUAUAUGGCCAUUUUUGCCAGAAUAAGGGCUGUUAAAUGCAUGCAGAAGAAGCCGCACGGAAUGGGGGAGAAUAAGAGAGGGCAGUGCAGGAAGACCCUGAUGAAGGACAGAACGAAGGCCGAGUCGGACGACGAGAAUGACUACUACGAUGGUGACGAAUGUGACGAUGAAAACGUGGAUGAUGAAAACGUGGACGAUGAAAACGUGGACGAUGAAAAUGUGGACGAUGAAAACGUACCCUAUGAUAAUGACGACGUACCGGAUGAUAAUUACGAGGGUGAUGACGUGGAAGACGGAGUGGACGAUGUCCAUGGCGAUGACCAUGGUGAUGACCAUUACGAUGACCAUUACGAUGACCAUUACGAUGACCAUUACGGUGACCAUUACGGUGACCAUGGCGAUGGUGAGGGGGAGUUUUUCGACGAGGGAGCCUUCCCCUAUGGAAUGCACCCCUACGCCGACGAAAACGAGGGCUUCUACCACGAAGGUAUGGAGAACGAAGCCCCAAACGAAUUGGGGGAUGAAUCUGCGCUGAACAACUACUACGGGUACCCAGGUGAGCCAUGUGACCUGACGCAGAAUGACAUGUCCAUAAACAACAACCAUGGCGCAAAAGAUUUGGGGGUUCAUAAUGUUCAGACGCGUGUACCUGUGGAAUUUCCCGCGAAAGGUGUUGGUGGGGAGGUCAACGAAGCGGGAAAUGUGCGUAAUAAUGAGAAGGAAAAACACGACGAUGUCGAUGAGAAGGAAGGGGACCCAAACCAUGCAUGCAAAGCAACCGGCCGCAGCAUUAGCAGUAACUGUAGUAACGGAAACGGGGCCCAAAUGGCUCAAAACGACGUCCAUUGCAAAUCCUUCUGCGGCGAGGAAGCGGCAAAUCAAGACCUGCAAAGUAUGAAAACAAAAUAUAAACCGGAGGAACAGCAACAGCCACAGCAAGGGAUGUCCUCGCAGGUGCAUACCGCAGGAGGCGCAAAUGUAAAAGCAAAUGCAAAUGUAAAUGCAAAUGCAAAUGCAAAUGUAAAUGCAAAUGCAAAUGUAAAUGCAAAUGCAAAUGCAAAUGUAAAUGCAAAUGCAAAUGCAAAUGUAAAUGCAAAUGCAAAUGCAAAUGAGUCGUCUUCCCCCCAGAGGAGCGUGUCGGCAUGGGUGCGUGGGUAUGCUAGAAAAUUUGGGCUGUACCCAGAAAAUACCAUUGUGAAGGAAGAACAUCGUGGGGAAAAUAACGGAAAGGCUACCAAUAGGGAAGACACGAAUGGAAAUUCCCUCUUACGUGGUGCCCCCCAUGGUGACGAAAAUCCGGACCAGCCGUCUGGAAUAGGUAAAGUGAGCAAAUUUGAUGAGGAUUGCAACGGGGCGAAUAGAACUAACGUAAACGCCAGAAGUGGUGGUGACCCAUUUUGUGAAUAUCAGAUGACGCAAGGGGGUAGACAUGCACCAGCCAGUUCGGAGGAUGUUAUGCAGGUGUAUGACGAAGGUGGAGAAGCUAACCAGGAGGACGCCAAUCAAGGGAGGACUGAUCGAGGAAAUCCCCACAUUGACGACACGGAGGGACAACAGAUGGACGGGGAAGACGCGCCAGAAGACGGAGAAUACCCCCAUGAUGAUGACUCCGAAACGGAUGGCGACCCCCCGAAUGGAAUGGAGCAUGCAAUGAAACACGACCGUGUCAUAAAGGAUGAGACGCACGGGAAGGAAAAUGAGGUCAUUUUAAUGAACGUAAAUCUGAUCCAAAUGAAUGGAAUAGCCGACAUAGAAAGAGCAAAGGAACACAAAAAAAAUGUGGAGGAAAAAAUGAGGAAUCUCUUUCUAAUGGUGGAAGGAUUGAAGAGGAGAAAGAUCGAAAUGUAUGGAGAUGCAAAUGGCCAACUGUUAUUUGACCUUACGAAUGAAGUGACCGAACAGCUGAUGAGUAAGUUGGAUGAACUUCAUGAGCUAAGCGAAAAUGAAAAAAUGACUCUGUUCACACAGUUGAAGGAAUACUACCUUAGUGAGGACAACCAUAUUUGCCAUAGGGAAGGCAUCAAACUGGGAAUGCGUAAAAAUGUAAAAAUUGCAUAUGCAAAUGAUGAACAGGGUAACCAUAAGGGACAGCUCCAAAUAGAUGAGAGAGGCGAACCGUACUGUGGCGAAAGUGCAUCCGAUGGUAUGUGGAAUGUAUACAAAUUUAAAAGACAAAAAAGUGACGCACGUUCGGAGGUACUCUCUAAUAUGGAAGGGUCGACUCAUUCGAUCAGGAUAGGAUAUUAUGACCAGUUAGACAAAGAAGGUUCCUUGGGUAACACCUUGGAUGUGGAAAACUACGAACCUGACGGCUAUGGGGAUUUUACCACCGACUUGGAAUUAAUAAAUGAGCAGACGCACGAAGAGGUAGAUGAGUCCACGUUGAAUGAUAAAGGAUCGUAUAGUCACAUGAGCAGAUACCAUGGCGGUAAUGAAACCAUGUUUUUUCAUGACUAUGCAGGGGUGGCUACAUUCGAGGGGGAUGGUGAUUCUACUGGUCGAAUCGGUAACCAGCAUGUCUCGGGCUACCUAGAUGAUGUUCAUCAAAAUGGAGAACCCACAGAUUGGAGCGAUGAUGAACAAACGGGGGUGGGAGAAUUCACGCCGUUUGAGGAAUCACCUGAUCGCGUUGAACAACUUUGA